AUGCUGAACCUCUCCUCCAACCUUUUGGGGGAGUUCCCUGCCGCCGUGCUGGCCCUGCCCGGCCUGGAGGAGCUCUACCUGAGCCGCAACCAGCUCACCCUGCUGCCCCCUGGCCUUUGUCAGCUCCGCCAGCUCCGCACCCUCUGGCUGGACAACAACCGCAUCCGCUACCUGCCUGACUCCAUCGUGCUCCUCCACAGCCUGGAGGAGCUGGUGCUGCAAGGCAACCAGAUCGCCAUCCUGCCCGAGGGCUUUGGGCAACUGUCCCGCGUCACCCUGUGGAAGAUCAAGGACAACCCCCUCAUCCAGCCCCCGUAUGAGGUGUGCAUGAAGGGCAUCCCCUACAUCGCGGCCUACCAGCAGGAGCUGGCCAACUCCCAGCCUGCCCUCAAGCCCCGCCUCAAGCUGGUCCUCAUGGGCCUGAAGGAUGCGGGCAAGACCUUGCUGAGACGGUGCCUCAUGGAGGAGGACAGGCAGAGGGAGGACGCGGGAGGUCCGGAGUCAGGGAGUGCCCAGCCCAGAGGCUACCCUGGUCAGCAGCGAGAUGCUGGUAGAGUGCCGGUUGGGUGCUGCCCCUUCCCGCAGCCUCCGGACACCUCCUCAACGCGGGUACCUGCCACGCAGCAGCUGGAGCAGCUCCCUGUUGAGCGGCGGGAUGUCCCCCAUGCGCCUUCUCGCAGAGUGCAGGGGGAAACACUGUGCCCGGCGCCAUCACUGCCACCGGACGCCUUCCAAGCGCCAUCAGGAGCGGGACUGCCAGGAGGCAGCAAGGGCAUUGAGGUGAUGGACUGGACAGCGGAUGCUGAGAGGGGUCUGACAUUCAUUGUGUAUGAGCUAGCGGGGGACCCGAGCUACGAUGUGAUCCAAUCUUUCUUCCUCUCCCCCGGGGCCUUGUAUGUGCUGGUAGUGAAUUUGAGUGCCUACGUCCCUCAGCACUUCUACCGCUCUGUGGGCUACUUCUUGCACUGGCUUGGUUCUAAGGUGCCCCAUGCUGUGGUGUGCAUGGUGGGAACCCAUGCCGACCUCUGCGCCGAGCGGGAGCUGGAGGAGAAGUGCCUGGACAUCCAUCACCAGAUUGCUCUGCAGGAGAAACGGGAUGCUGAGGGACUCCAGAGCUUGGUCCAGCAGGUGGAUGAGGCUCUGGGACAGGACUUUGACCUGCGCUGCUCCAGCCCGCACGCCACCUUCUACGGGGUCUCGGACAAGAACUUGCGGCGGAAGAAAGCCCAGUUUCAGUAUCUUCUGAACCACCGCCCACAGAUUCUCUCCCCGGUGCUGCCCUUCAGCUGCCGGGACCGUUGCCAGGUGCGUCGCUUGCGGGACAAACUCCUCUCGGUGGCCGAGCACCGGGACAUCUUCCCAAACCUGCACCGAGUGUUGCCCAAAUCCUGGCAAGUGCUGGAGGAGCUGCAUUUCCAGCCGCAGGCUCAGCAGCUGUGGCUCAGCUGGUGGGACUCUGCCCGGCUGGGCUUGCAGGCGGGCCUGACGGAGGAUCGGCUCCAGAGUGCCCUGUCCUACCUCCACGAGAGUGGGAAGCUGCUCUACUUUGAGGAGCACCUCACACUGCGGGAGUACGUGUUCCACAACCUGCCGCGGCUCAUCGAUAUCCUCAACGUCUUCUGCCAGCGGGAUGCCACUGUGCUGCUCCAGAAGUUGCUCAGCGACACCCACAUCGAUGAGCUGAGGGCCACCCAGCUCCAUCACUAUGUGGAGGGCUUCUUGUUGCAUGGCCUCCUCCCUGCCCACAUUAUCCGCCUGCUUCUCAAGCCCCACAUCCAGAGCCGGGAAGACCUGCAGCUCAUUCUGGAGCUGCUGGAGAAGAUGGGCCUCUGCUACUGUGUCAACAAGCCCAAAUGCAAACCCCUGAACGGGGCGGCUGCCUGGUACAAGUUCCCUUGCUACGUGAAGAACGAGGUGCCCCAUGCAGAGGCGUGGAUUAACGGCGCCAAUCUGAGCGGACAGUCCUUUGUGGUUGAGCAACUGCAGAUUGAAUAUAGCUUUCCAUUCAUUUUCCCCCCUGGCUUGUUCGCGCGCUACAGCGUCCAGAUCAACAGCCACGUGGUUCAGCGGUCGGAUGGCAGAUACCAGAUCUACGCCUACCGAGGAAAGGUGCCGGUGGUGGUGAGUUACCGGCCUGCCAGGGGAGCUCUGCAGCCGGAUACUCUGUCUAUUGCUAGUCACGCAUCUUUACCAAAUAUCUGGACAGCCUGGCAAGCCAUAACCCCGUUAGUGGAAGAACUGAAUGUCCUGCUUCAAGAAUGGCCGGGCCUGUACUACACUGUGCACGUCCUCUGUUCUAAGUGCCUUAAAAGAGGGUCACCCAACCCACACACUUUUCCAGGAGAACUGCUGAGUCAGCCAAGACCAGAGGGACUGACGGAGAUCAUCUGUCCCAAGAAUGGCAGCGAACGAGUUAAUGUGGCCUUGGUUUACCCCCCCACUCCUACUGUCAUCAGCCCUUGUUCCAAGUGA